GUAGACAGUUGACAAAAGUGAAGUGAUCGCCGUGCUACGUAAGUGGACAUCGAAAUUAAUUUAUUUUCCUAUUAUUUUCCAACAUUUUCCAUAUUUUUCCAACAGCAUUUGCGUCAGAUGUGAUACCAAUGGAUAAGUGAAACAUUUUGCAACGCAGAAAACGUGGAUUUGAGACCUCGUGGAUUGCCAUCUCAAAUACUGCACAUUUCAUAAUCACAAAGGAAGCGCGAUCCAGCUAUACAACCCAACCCCUCACCGGUUCCCUCCAACCUCGUGUUAAAUGCGGACGUGAUCUGGUGGCCGCGUUAGGCCGUCGGCUGCGUCAGCAGUGAGCCUUACCCCGAUCUAUCCCACACACCCGACCAUCCAAAAUGGCCGAUCCGGAUCCGGAAACGUUGCUCGAAUGGCUGAACAGCGGCCUCGGAGACGAACGCGACAUGCAGCUGAUCGCAUUGGAACAGCUGUGCAUGCUUCUGCUGAUGUCCGACAACGUGGACAGGUGCUUCGAAAGCUGCCCGCCAAGGACUUUUUUGCCGGCGUUGUGCAGGAUAUUCCUCGACGAACAGGCUCCCGAGAACGUGUUAGAAGUGACAGCCAGAGCGAUCACCUACUACCUGGACGUUUCCGCUGAAUGCACCAGGCGGAUCGUCGCCAUAGACGGUGCUAUCAAGGCCAUCUGCAAUAGGCUCGUCGUAGCGGAAUUAUCGUCUAGAACCAGCAGGGACUUAGCAGAACAAUGUAUCAAGGUGCUGGAGUUGAUAUGUACGCGCGAGGCGGGCGCCGUAUUCGAAAGCGGCGGCCUAACCUGCGUCCUCCCUUUCGUCCGCGAUAACGGCCAACGCGUCCACAAAGACACGCUGCAUUCUGCGAUGGCCGUCGUCUCGCGCCUCUGCGCGAAAAUGGAGCCCCAAGACGCGGGGUUGCCGGCCUGCGUGGCUGCGCUCAGCGCUCUGCUCAGGCACGAAGACCCGACGGUCGCCGACGGGGCGCUGAGGUGCUUCGCGUCCGUCGCUGAUAGAUUCACGAGGAGGGGAGUGGAUCCGGCGCCGUUGGCACAACAUGGACUGGUAAACGAACUGCUGAAACGUCUCUCGAGCGCGGCGGGUCCAUCAGCUGCAGCUUCGGGCAGCCAAGGCACACCCGGUAAACUUUCGACGACAGGGACGCCGUCUGGAUCGUUGCCCGAUUCCAAAUCCAACGCCGCAUCUGUGUCUACGAUCAUCAGUUUGUUGUCCACCCUGUGUAGGGGAUCGCCUAGUAUCACUCACGACCUUUUGAGAUCGGAACUUCUGGACGCGAUCGAGAAAACGCUGAAAGGCGACGAAAGGUGCGUUCUGGACUCGAUGAGACUGGUAGAUUUGUUGUUGGUGUUGCUAUUUGAAGGCAGGAAAGCCUUAGGGAAAUCGGGAGUUUCUUCCGGUCAGUUGAUGCCGAGGAUCAGAAGGAUGGACAGCGCGGCCGAAAAAUCGCACAGGCAGCUUAUAGAUUGCAUCAGAUCGAAGGAUACAGAUGCUUUGAUCGAAGCAAUAGAAAAUGGAGGUGUCGAGGUAAACUUUAUGGAUGAUGUAGGCCAGACACUGUUAAACUGGGCUUCAGCGUUCGGUACCCAGGAAAUGGUCGAGUAUCUAUGCGAAAAAGGUGCUGACGUCAACAAGGGCCAGAGGAGUUCGUCGCUACAUUACGCGGCUUGUUUCGGGAGGCCGGCGAUAGCGAAGGUUCUGCUCAGACACGGGGCGAAUCCUGAUCUCAGAGAUGAGGAUGGCAAAACGCCGUUGGACAAGGCCAGAGAGAGGGUGGAUGAAGGUCAUAGAGAGGUGGCAGCCAUCCUGCAAAGUCCCGGCGAGUGGAUGAUUCCGGUCGAAAAGGAACGUUCGGGCGGCAGCAGAAAGCAUCAAGAAUCUGAGAGCGAAGAAUCGCCGGAGCCUAAAGGAGACCCGGAAAUGGCUCCGGUCUAUCUGCAACGGCUGCUACCAGUUUUCUGCAACACUUUCCAGGCCAGCAUGCUACAGAGCGUUCGUAAGGCCAGCUUAGGAUUGAUCCGCAAGAUGAUCCACUACAUACAGCCAGCAUUGCUUGAGGAAUUAUGCGCUUCGGAGACCCAGCCGGGCUUCGGCACUCUCAUCGUUGAAGUUAUCGCCACGGUACUCGACAACGAGGAAGAUGAAGAUGGACAUUCAGUAGUUUUGUCAGUCAUCCAAGACUUGAUGAGUAAAUCGCAAGAGGUGUUCUUGGACCACUUCGCUCGUUUAGGCAUUUUUACCAAGGUACAAGCUUUGGCUGGACCUCCAGAUCCACCGGAGAACGAAGAAAACGCACAAGCACCAGAAGAGAAUCAAGACGCAGCAGCUCAAGUAGAAGACGCUAAAGAAAUCUUGCCAGGCAAGGCGUAUCAUUGGCGCGACUGGUCGGUCUGCAGAGGUAGAGACUGCCUUUAUAUUUGGUCCGACGUGGCAGCUUUGGAAUUGAGCAACGGCUCUAACGGCUGGUUCAGAUUCAUCUUGGACGGCAAACUGGCGACAAUGUAUUCUAGCGGAUCGCCGGAAGGUGGCGCUGAUACGUCAGAGAAUCGCGGCGAGUUCCUCGAGAAACUACAGCGCGCCCGCGCUGCCGUUCGUUGUACUAACAAUUCCACUCCGAUCCUAUCGAAGCCCGGAGGUACGCGACUUGUCGUCGGCAACUGGUCGCUGUCGUCUCGCAAGGAGGCCGAACUUCACAUACACAAUUCUGAUGGACAACAGCAAUCUACAGUGAUCAGGGAUGAGUUACCAGGGUUCAUUUUCGAAUCGAAUCGUGGCACAAAGCAUUCGUUUAUCGCCGAGACCAGCCUCGGCCCCGAGUUCUCGACCAGUUGGACAAAUAAGAAAGGGAAGAGGUUAAGAUCGAAAGGCGAAGCUACCAAGAUGAAAGUCAAGUAUUUGGCGCACCAGAUCUACGAGCAGUACUUCCGCGCCGCGCAGGCCCAACCUCGCGGCAUAGUCGCGAAACUGGGCAACAUCGUCGCGCAGAUAGAGCGCGCUUGCCAGAAGCAGUGCGCUUACGGCGGAAGCGGCAACAACAGGGAGGCGUCGGCGGCCGUCCAGGGCAGCGGAGGCGGCAACAACGGCUGGAAGGAGAUACUGAGACACGCGCUCGACGAUCUCACCGCUAUUUUGAAGGAAGACGGCGUCGUGUCGGCGUACGAGCUGCACAGUUCGGGGCUGGUGCAGGCUCUGUUGUCCUUGUUGUCUACCAGUUAUUGGGAUCAAGGUCUGAAAUCGAGUAAAAUGAGCAAGCACCAAAAGCAACGCGUCCAAGUGUUCAAGCAAUGCUUCAAAGGCAAAGCGACCGACGAUUACGGCUCGGUCUCGAUCCUCAUCCACAAACUGAUCUCCGUAUUCGAAAGCAUCGAGAAACUCCCCGUUUAUCUCUACGACACCCCGAGCAGCGGCUACGGAUUGCAGAUCCUCACCAGACGGCUCAGAUUCAGGCUGGAAAAAGCCCCGGGAGAAAGUUCGCUGAUCGACCGAUCCGGACGCGGCCUAAAAAUGGAACCGCUCGCUACCGUCGCGCAGCUCGAAAAAUACCUGCUCAAAAUGGUCGCCAAGCAAUGGUACGACUACGAACGCACCUCGUUCCAGUUCCUGAAGAAGCUCAGGGACGCCAAGUAUCAGCAUUUCAAGCACACGCACGAUUUCGACGAAAACGGACUGAUAUACUUCAUAGGUACGAAUGGAAAGACGAGUUGUGAAUGGGUGAAUCCCGGCCAAUACGGUUUAGUUGCCGUGACCAGUUCUGAUGCGAGAAAUCUACCUUACGGCCGGGUGGAGGACAUCUUGUCGCGCGACCCUUCGGCGUUGAAUUGUCAUACGAACGAUGAUAAGCGAGCAUGGUUCAGCGUCGAUUUAGGAGUGUACAUCGUGCCUACUGCCUAUACGCUUAGGCACGCCAGAGGUUACGGCAGAUCGGCGUUGAGGAAUUGGCAUUUCCAGAUGUCCAAGGACGGGAGUACUUGGACCACGUUGUACGCGCAUUCGCAGGACAUGUCUCUGAACGAUCCCGGCAGCACGGCGACGUGGCCUCUGGAACCGCCGGCCGAGGAACAACAAGGCUGGCGCCACGUCCGUAUCCAACAAGCAGGGAAAAACGCAUCCGGUCAAACGCACUACCUCAGCCUGAGCGGAUUCGAGAUAUACGGUCGGAUCACGUCCGUUUGCGAGGAUAUGGGCAAGGCGCACAAAGAACAGGAGGCGCAUUUGAGGAAGCAACGGAGACUGGUCAAGUCGCAGCUGCUCAAACAUAUGGUCGUCGGCGCCAGGGUGGUGAAAGGCGUCGAUUGGAAGUGGCGGGAUCAGGACGGGAACCCGCCUGGAGAAGGUACAGUAACUGGUGAGCUACACAGCGGUUGGAUUGAUGUAACAUGGGACCACGGCGGUUCGAAUUCGUAUAGAAUGGGCGCCGAGGGAAAAUACGAUUUGAAACUGGCACCGGGAUAUGAUGUUGAAGCCGCGUCAGCAUCAUCCUCAAAGUAUUCUAACAAACAGAAAAAUGAUAAAGACAAACAGCAACAGCAGAGCGUGCUGACAAGUAGGAAAAGCAGUUCAACGCCCAGUUUACCCGAGGCGACGGACGCUAAGGCAUCUGUAGCAUCCACUGAACAAGCUGCGUCCGCGGACAACUUGGCUGCUAAACAAGCAGCAGAAACUAUAGCCGAAAGCGUCCUUUCCGUAGCCAGAAACGAAGCCCUAGUCGCGGUUACAGGUGGUUCGCAGAUGGCCAGCAACGAGAGCGGUCUAUCGGUAGUGGUGCAUCCUUUGAGGGAUCCUCACCAUGAUUUGUCAGCUAUCAACAAUUCAACGGAUUUGGCGACGAUCGUGGAGAGUCUCGCACUGUGCAACUCGAAAACCAACACUUCGAAUACUUCAGAUUCACAGAAAGCGGUGUCCCUAAGCAACACGUCUUCGAACAAAUCGAACCGUACCUCAAAAGUGAGCAAUUCGCAAGCUGCGGUCGCCGUAGCGGCUGCAGCUCAAAGUUUCGUCGAAGCUGUCGAGGUGCUUGACAAGAUCCGGGAAGGUUCCUCGGACAUGCUCAGAAAUAACACGAACAAUUUCCUCUCGGCCGAAUUGCUGCAGUCCGCUUUGAAUAUCGGGCAGAGCAGUCAGAUCAGCACGCUGUCCAACUUGGGCGGAUCGGCGACCGUUAGGAUAUCCAGCGGGUCGGAAACUGAGGACGAGAAAACCACAAAGCAAAAGACAGACUCGAUGAAAGCCAGUGCCAGCGAUAAAGUGGAACAGACGGUGCAUUCGAACAACGCGAAAAACAAUAGCAACAACGGUGGCGGAAGCAGUGCAAACUCGAUAGUCGUCACGAAUCCGAUGAGCGUCAGUGUGCCUAAUUUAACCAGCAGCGAGUCCAACAGCCAGAUCGAGCCGACGACAACGGCGGGUCUUCUAGAGACUUUCGCCGCUCUCACCAGACGGCGGACUCUAGCCACAGUCUCCUCUUCUAACGCGGCAAAUUCCACAAAUAAAAACAACACACUCAACAGCAACUCACAGGGUGGCGCAAACUCCGGCGGUUCCUUUUUCCCGCGAGCGCCGAACUCCGUAUCGAGCCUGGUACGGCUGGCGCUCUCGUCGAACUUUCACAGCGGCCUGCUAAGCACCGCCCAGAGUUACCCGAGCCUAUCGUCGUCGAGCAACGGCAAUCCGGCCAAUCAGCAAUGCGCAGGCGGGGGCGGUGUCGCCGGAGUGGGCGGAGCCGGCAUUUCGCCUGCGGCUGGCGCCGUGCAGGGUCUCAGCCAAGCGUUGACGAUGAGCCUUACGAGCACCAGUAGCGAUAGCGAACAGGUGAGCCUGGAAGACUUUCUGGAGUCUUGCCGCGCGCCGACGCUUCUCGCCGAGCUCGACGACGACGAAGAAAUGGGUGAAGAGGAGGAUAAUGACGACGACGAAAACGAAGACGACGCCGAUUACGAAGAGUUGUCUUCGAUGGUGUCGCGCAAUUUGCUGUCUUUCAUGGAAGAGGAGAGUUUCGAGACGAAACCGACGAAAAGGAGAUCGUGGGACGACGAGUACGUGCUCAAGAGGCAGUUUUCGGCGCUCAUACCCGCUUUCGAUCCCAGACCUGGCAGGACUAACGUCAACCAGACGACAGAUUUGGAAGUGCCUCCGCCCGGCCAAGAAGAAAGCAACUCGAGCUUGGAGCACGAACUGUUGCCUCAGCCUAAGCUUCAGUUGGUGCUGAGGGGCCCCAACAUGCCCGGCGUCCCCGACGUCGAAGUGGAACUGAACAAUCCGCAAUGGACGAUCUUCAGAGCCGUACAGGAACUGAUGCAAAUAGCCGAGUUCAACACGAAACAGGAGAAAAUAAGGAGGAUAUGGGAACCGACGUACCAGAUCGUGUACAAAGAGGUGCGCGACGAUGGUCUGUACGACUGUGAAGGCCGCGCGACUCCGGUGAUCAGCGGGAGUCAGAUGUCGCGCAGCGGAGGUAGCUCGAUAGCCGGCACUACCCUCUCACCUAGCACUCCGGUGCCCGGUACGCCUUCCGUCUCGCAUUGCACCGUCGAGGACGUCUUGCAAUUGCUCCGGCAUUUGUUCGUCAUCACCACCGCCACGCUGAAGGAUAACAUCGUCCCCGGUAUCGAUCAUCAGGGGGACGUGUUGCCCGACGAGUUCUCCAGCAAGAAGAUCACGAAUAAGCUGUUGCAGCAGAUUCAAGAUCCUUUGGUGUUGAGCAGCGCGAGCUUGCCGGCCUGGUGCGAGGAGCUGACGCAUUCUUGCCCGUUUUUGUUUCCGUUCGAGACGAGGCAGCUGUAUUUCAAUUGUACCGCUUUCGGCGCGUCCAGGAGCAUCGUGUGGUUGCAGACGCAGCGCGAUGUCACGAUGGAAAGGCAACGGACGCCGGGAUUGUCGCCGCGCAGGGACGAUCCGCACGAAUUUAGAGUUGGAAGACUGAAACACGAACGAGUGAAGGUUCCCAGGGGCGAGCAGCUUCUCGAAUGGGCCAUGCAGGUGAUGAAGAUACAUUCCUCUCGCAAAUCGAUCCUCGAAGUGGAAUUCGCCGGCGAGGAAGGCACCGGCUUGGGCCCGACCUUGGAAUUCUACGCUCUGGUCGCCGCCGAAUUGCAGCGACGCGAUAUCGGCAUGUGGCUGUGCGACGACGAACAAAUCAACUUGAACGAGGAACCGGUCGACCUCGGCGAAGGCCUGCGUCCUCCCGGCUACUACGUACGGCGCCCGACCGGCCUGUUCCCUGCCCCCCUGCCGCAGGCGUCGCCCAUCUGUGAUAAAGCGGUCAAGUACUUCUACUUUUUGGGCAUUUUCCUCGCCAAGGUGCUGCAGGACAAUCGGCUGGUCGAUUUGCCGUUGAGCAAGAGUUUUCUGAAGCUUAUGUGCAACGGGGAGAUACAGAAUAACGUGAACGAGAGGAUAGGCUUCAACGGCGGAAGUAUCGUAAAGAAGAACGACGAGGACUCGAUGAUGUCUUCGUUCAUAUCCGAGGAGAGCGAAAAAGAACUGGAAUUGGAUCCUCCGAAGAUUUACGAGGAAAAACGGCCGUGGUAUCACGGCAUCCUUGGCGAGGAUGACCUAUACGAGAUCGAUCCGAUCAGAUCUGCUUUCUUGUCCCAGUUGCGCGAUCUCAUCAGGCAGAAGCACAAGAUAGCGCAGGACCAUCAACUGUCAGCCGAGGUUCGUUCCCACCAGAUCCAGAACCUCUGUCUGAUGCACUCCAGCGGCCCAGUCCUGCUCGAGGAUCUCGCUUUGACCUUCACCUAUUCGCCUAGCUCUAGCGUAUACGGAUUCACGUCGGUCGACCUCGUUCACAACGGUGCCGAUAUAGAAGUGAACAUAGAAAACGUAGAAGAAUACGCGGAUUUGACGACGAGCUAUUGUCUGGACAAGGGCAUUACGCGGCAGCUGGACGCCUUCUACAGGGGCUUCUCGACCGUGUUCCCCAUGGAAAAAUUGGCUGCGUUCAGCCCGGACGAGAUGUGCGUCAUGUUGUGCGGCGAUCAGAAUCCGGAGUGGACCAGAGAGGAUCUCAUCAAUUAUACGGAGCCGAAGCUCGGAUAUACCAAAGACAGCCCCGGUUUCCUGCGUUUCGUAAACGUUCUGGUGGCGAUGUCCGCGGAAGAACGGAAGGCCUUCUUGCAGUUCACCACCGGAUGCAGCUCUCUGCCUCCAGGCGGACUCGCCAAUCUCUACCCGCGACUGACGAUCGUACGCAAAGUGGACGCCGGCGAAGGGUCUUACCCUUCGGUCAACACCUGCGUGCACUACCUGAAGCUGCCCGAUUACCCCACCGAGGAUAUCCUGAGGCAGAGGCUGUUGGCGGCUACUAAAGAGAAAGGAUUCCACUUGAACUAGGGUGCUUCUUCGGAAAAUGUUAAGAUGUGUCAUUUGUCAAUAUGUAGAGGUUAAAGGCGGUACUCGGACAUUGUAGAACACACAGAUGAACGGUUCUUUGGAUGAAAUAAAUAGGUCGUUUUGUAUACGAACGCUUUAAGGUGUCCCCAGAGAAAAUAAUCUAAGGGAUUCGUAUCGGGCGAGCGAGCGGGCCAUAGGUGCGGGCCUGCUCUCCCAAUCCAGCGAAAAUGAUAAUUUUCAGACAAGAGGAAAACCAAGCUUAUAAAAAUAUUAAUUUCCAAAAGAAACGUUUACCCAUAUUCCUUAUGUGGUCCAGGGGUAUGGAAUUAAGUGGAUUUUUUUUUUCGCGAAAAACUGAGCAAGAUGCGAAAAAAUGUAAGAGAAAAAAGUUGUAUUUCCAUUUGCCUAAUCCAAAGAACAUAGUAAAAAGUGCAAAACAUUGUUUUUUAAUUCCAAACACCCUCUUGAGAACGAAGAAUUUUACGGACCUGUGUUUAUAUGAACUUUUUGUCUUACAACUUACUCAAAGAAUGUUAAAUUCAUGCUACAUACUUAUUAACACCACUAUAUAAUGAGACACUAAAACUUUCAUUGAUUAUAGGUAUAUAAUGAAGUCUUCAAACUAGUGUGUUCUAUAAUGAUCAAAAACUAAGUUUAGUCUCUACGCAUUGACGUUGGCUCAUAUUGGCGUAUUUAUGAAGAGCAGCUCCGUGGUUUCACUGAGCUCGUUUGGACUUAGAUACAUUCGUAUUCAAAUGUAAAAGCACUAGAUGAACUACUGUAUUUUUAGUUGCUCUCUGUGGUGUACAUUUUUCGGAGAUAUAGUAUAUUUAUAGCAAUUUGGUUUUCGUUUAAAUAUAUCCACGGAUGCACGAAUAGCGAGACGGGAGUAACGAAUUUUGAAAAAGUUCUGUAAUUAUUUCGUACGUCGUUGCAUUUUUUCCGACGACGUACGUAUAAAAAAUCGCUAGUUUCACCAUCCUAUCUAAAAAAUCUCACUAAGCGGUUUGGAAUGCCAUUCGUAAUUUUUCCAAUAUCGAAGCUUGAAAAGUUUGAAGAGAAAGCGACUUGUAUAUAGUUAGAUAAAUUCGGAAAUUGGUUUGUUUCAUUUUGGUGUUUUGAGUUUUUUGUCCUUGCUGUAAAGGACAUUGAAGUGAUGUAGUAUAAAUCCGGUCGUUUCGAUAGAGCUUUUGGAAUAGCUCUGGAUCUAGUACAGUUAAAAGUUCGUCAAUUGUGGCCUAACAAACAAACUUAAAAAUCGCGUUAAAAUAAAUUUAUCUUAAAAUACCCUUCGUGGUCUUGCAAGAGCAAGGUUGUAACUUUAAUGAAGAUACUUGAAAAAUUGUAGUGUUUAACUGAGUUUUUAAGUAUUGAAUAUGCCCAUUUUCAGGGUUUCAGAGUCGCAGAAUAACUUGAAAACGGCAAAAUUUAAAUACAAGUUACUGGAGCCUUAUUUUGAAUUUUAUUUUGUAGCGAUUUUUAAGCUUAGUUACCUCAAAAUUUGCGAAUUUUUCACUUACGUAAAAGAUAUUUGCUUCUGUAUCAAAUUCCUGUCCUUUAGGGGCUGAUAUCACCAAUGAAUUGGUACUAUCUUGCUUGUAUGAUCCAGUAGAACAAUCACAGCUAAAUCCCGGAAUGUCUAUUGAAAGCUAGUAUUUAAGUUUUUUUUAUAUUUAUUAAAGGUAUAGUAAAUUUUCUGUCGAGUGUUUAUUGAGAAAAGGUAUGGUUCAGAAGUGAUUGACGUGCGAUACACUUACUUUUUAGUGAAAUAUCAGUUCCGGCAUCUCUUGUUGUAAACAUUGAGUUUGCUGUGCUUCUAGUGAUAAUAAAGAGCUGAAAUGUACGACGAAAAAUUUAUGACCAAAUUCAUAAAUAUAUUGCGGCAACGUGAUUUUUUUGUGAUCUUUUUUGCAAUAUGAAAUUGUAAAUCACAGUUUGAUUUCCCCUAUAUUGUUUUUUUUUGGUAAUUUGGUUUAUUUUAUAAUAUAAACUUAGUACUCGUUACACGAUACUGUAGAGAAAUAUGUCUAAAUGUAUUUACGUUAUAUCAAUAAAUCAUCUCUCUAUUAUCCAUGAGUUUCGUUUGAAGCAUAAUGUUCUAGAAAAUUCUAAGACAAGUAAUGUUUGAUACCUCAAAGGUCGGAAUCACGUUAAGUUUAGAGAAAAAUUACCGAUGUAGAUAUCACUUGAAGUUUCUGUUAUGUUCGUAAAGAAAUUUUAGCAUGUGAAAAUCGUUCAUUCUUUUAAAUGAUACAGAAUUUUUAGUGUUCGUGUUGUAGGUUUAUUUAGCUUGACAUACUAUGUGCGAUUUGAACCACUUUGUGCAUUUGACCUACUUGAUUAUUGUACCCUUACUCGUUACAUUUGAACUACCCCACGUUACAUUUGGUCUACUAUGUGAUGUUCGAACUAUUAUUUGGCCAAUUUGAUAUUUGAUUUACGAGGUUACAUUUCAACCACACAUUACAGUUCACCUACUAUGUAGCAUUUGAACUACUAUCUCUGUACAAAGGUUGAAGUUUUGCAUUACGUUUCAUAUGAACUCUAAUUUGCAUUUGACCUACUCCGCGGUGCAUUUGAACUACUACACUGUACAUUCCUGGGUACGAUUGGUACACGUUACAUUUGAACUACUCCGCGGUACAUUUGAUAACAUUUAUUUUUUUAUGCAGUUGGGAUUAGAAAUUAA